AUGGUGAUUUUAGCAGUGUUGCUAGCAGCGCUGCUUCCUCCUUCAGUGUGCCAGCAGCAUCCUCUUAAAUGUGCCAUCAGCGAACCCAUCCCUUUUCCUCACAAAUAUUAUCAACCAGGUGGUUUCAUCAUCGGAGGCAUUGUUUCUCAAAUGAUCCUGCUUUCUGAAGAGAAAACUUUCAAAAAAGACCCCAUUCAGCAACAGAAUCGAGAACCUGUGUAA